AUGAGCAAAAAGCACGUAUCGCGUAAACUCAAAUCAGCUUGGCGCAAACAUAUAGAUAUUUCGGAUGUUGACCAAUUUCUCGAAGAACAGCGACAAGAUGAACGUGUCGGUAGUCAACUGGCGGAGAAGCCCAGUGUGGAGCUGUUCCGCGAGGAAAAGAAACCGACCAAACCGAAAGCAUCGCUGCGUGAAAUAAGGAAGAAAAAGUUUGAUGAACUGCCUCGAUCGCUUUUGCCGCUCGUGAAUACAUCAAAUGUUGGUGACCCGAUUGUUAAGCGCAAUAUUAAGAAAAACCGAGAUACUAGAAUCCCGGUAACACCAGCCCCGGUGCGGAUAAAAAGAAAGGGCCGAGCGAGUGGUAUAGCUGCAGCUACUCCAGAAGAUAUCUGGGCGAAAGACACCGUGCCUGAGGAGCUGAAAAACGAAUGGAUCUCGCAAGAUGUGGUAAAUCAUACACUUCGGCACGUUGGCAAACCGUUGGUAACGAAUUUACCGGCACGGAUGGAUAAACUCCAGCGUCAUAUACCGCUGGACAAAAAACUACCAAACGAAGGCAUCAGUUACAAUCCAGCAAUCGACGAUUACCUGCACCUGAAAAAUAAAGUGGUCAAGCAGGAGCAAGCCAUCAUCAGGAAGGAGCAACAUUUUGAUCGAGUUGUAACGAAAAUGUUCGUAAAGACAACUCGAGAGGAAAAGCAGCAAACGGCUUUAAAAGAAAUGUCGGAAGGCUUGCUUAAUGCGGAAAAGGGCGAGUCAGAAGAUGAACAUAGUACUGAAGAUGCUGGACCCGCAGCAGUUGUAGCGAAGCGCAAGAAGCCCAUAACGAGAGCGAAGAAACGAGCGCGUGAACUGCAAGAGCAGAAAGAAAAGCUCAUUCAGGUAGAAUUAAACAAACUGAUGGAGAUUGAUCGUUUAGGUGCGAUUAAGAAAGAAAUAAGACAGAAAGAGCGCAAAACUAUCUAUAAAGCUAAGCAAAGGGUGAAAAAGAAGCAGGCAUUGCGAGAGAAAAUCAACUUGCCGAUUGAUUUUGUCGAACCGGAACAAUUGUCGGGUAGCUUGCGAACGAUCAAACCACUCAACAAUCUGCUAGCAACGGGUCUGCCCAAAAUACGGAAAGUCAGCAUCCUGAAGAAGACACGCUCUGAAGCCCAGCGUAAAAAGCGUCGCGUGCUCACAGUACGUUACAAGCGCAGUUCACACAAGGAAUUGAUGCCAGAAACUGCGAUAUGA